AUGGCCCACCAACCCACAGUUCAUUAUACAGUUGACCCUUCCACCAAUCCCAGUUCAUGGCCACCACCAGCUCCAGGCUUCAGCACAGUCAUCAACCGAGUCGAUGUUGUCUUCAUCAACAUUAACGGGGAGUCCAAUUUCAGUAUCCUUCGGACAGGCACCAACGAACAUGUUCACCACGCGGUAACCCAAGUGACGAAGCAUAUAGCGCGGGGCCUUUAUCGAAUUAUCAGCAUGAAUGUCAGCGAAUACUCAUGCGUGGUGGUCAUGUCUACUGAGAAGUCGAAAGAGGAGCUAUUGUUUAGGAAUGGCUUCCCUUGGGACAGGCCAAAUGAUCCCCAGCCAGAUGUUGUGUUGGCUUAGUGGAUGUAUAGGGGCAAGGAGAAGGGUGCAAGAUGGGUUGGGAUACACUGCAAC